GCUCGAUCCAACCACUCUACUUGCACAUCAUGUACGAUGCUCUACGCUGAGUGCCAAUGCUGUACUUUUGCGAGCAUCUUGAAAAGAUCAAAGUCUGUCAUCUCCAUGUUCAGCUCGACUCAGUACCUGAUAGCUCUACAUCGCUCAUUAUCUUUGAUCGCAAGACCCUGACGCUCCGUCAUGCUUGUCGCUCAUAUGCUAUUACUCUGCCGGCAUCCAUUGAUGUUGCUCAACGGUUAAAUCUCAAGUUUGCGGAGGACACUGCCAAUGAUACAUUCAGUGUGCGUAUCAAAGCCCAGUCAUCCUUGAUGCCUACUGACAGCGACGCUAAUCCCGUACCACUUUCUGACCCAGCUACCUUAUCCAAAUCUACAAUUUGCUGCGCAUCUUGUCAAACACAACUACUUCCCUCAAAAUUACGCUGGCGAUCUUCACCGAGUGAGCAUUGGCAGGAAAUGAUGGACAGUUGGCAUUGUCAUGCUGGAGUCUCGCAUAGAGAUAAUCAAGAGCAUCAUGAGCAAUACACAUUACCAAAACACAUUGUCCAUGCCGCACAAGGAAUCGUUCCCGUACCAGAAAGACCAUUUGUUGGAUUAUCGCAUUUCCUUGUGCAUCGCGACGAUCUGGGGGAAUCACUGAUUCAACAUGAAGAGUUGGUGCAAUGCAGAUCAUGCAAGGCACCAUGCGGUACGGUGCAAGAAGAAGUCGUGAAGCUCUACAAACAAGCCAUCACGACAAACAACAACGAAUCGGUCGACGCGCUUGUCUAUUUCUCUGCAGACUUGCUCGCUCAAGUCGAAGCACACGCCGUACAUCGAUUCCUCGUGACACCAUAUGGCACGCAAGCGCCUGAUCAAGCGGGUCUUUUGAUUUGGCUCAUGACACUCGAUAUGCGCGUGACGACAUCGUCUCAUGAGACCGCAAGGGAUGGCCAACGUGCCAUCAAGGUCCUCUACAAAACAACAACACUCGCCCAGAUUGAAGGACAGGGACAAACACAACAAGAGGUCGAGUGCAUCCCUGCAUGCCUUCCGGGACUUUAUGAGCACUUGCAAGAGAGCCUCGAGCGUCAUUUCAUUCAAGCUGGACGACAAGUCACAGGCGAAUGGCAAGCAUCGUACCUGCCGCGCUACUGAAAAGGGAG